AUGUCGCGUUUCGUGUCGGCGGGCGCGAUCAACGCCGAGACGGGCGAGGUCGUCGUCGCAGAGGAGACGAAGAAGGGAGAUGAUGGUGUCGGCGGCGCUGCUGCUGCUGCCGCUUCUGCCGUCGAGCCGCGAAAGAACGCCGAGUGGGAGAUUGUGCAGAGGGAGCUCGAGGCGGAGAGGAAGAGGAGGGAGGAGGCGCGGCUCAAGAGCGUUGAGGGCGGCGAAAGGAGUCUGUACGACGUUUUGCAGGCGAACAAGGCCGCGAAACAGGCCGCGUUCGAGGAGGCCAACAAAAUCAAGAACCAGUUCCGGGCGCUCGACGACGACGAGAUCGAUUUCCUCGACGAGGUGCGCGCGGCGAAGCGGGCGGAGGAGGAGAGGGUGAGGCGGGAGACGGAGGAGGGGCUCGCUGCGUUCCGGAGGGCGCAGGGCGGCGGCGUGAACCUGAAGAGGCCUGGCGGGGGGGAUGUCGGGGACGGGGACGGAGGUCAGGGCGGGACCGGCGCUUCUGCUGUUGCGGCGGCGGCUGUCGAUUCGGGAGCGGGAGGAGAGGGAGACGGGGUAGGAGGGGAAGAGGAGUGGGCUGUUGGGCCGAGGAAGCGGAGGAGAAGGGAGAGGGAGAGGGGGUUUGGGGUGAAGAGAGGACGGUCUGGGGAUGGAGUAGAGGGGGUGAACACGACGACGACAACGACGACAGAGGAGAAGGGGGCGGAUGGGGAGAAGGCCCAGAGCAGCGGCGAGGAGAAGAGUGGCGUCGUCAAGGCCAACCCGUCGCCGCCGCCGACGAAGGGCAAGUUGAGUCUCGUGGCGUAUGGCUCCGACUCGGACGAUGACUAA